CUUCUCGUUUUCUGGAAUCCGACAUCUUCCUUGGCUGUGACGCACCGAGUAUGACGCCGCACGCCAGUUCACAGACAUAUAAAGAGCGGCUUUCUCAUGCACCCCCUACUCGCCUCAGAUGCUCGCACGGCAAUCAAUCUUCAAGCAAACCCCCAAACUACUCAAACCUCGCAACCUCGCGACUCCACCUUGUAUCUUCAGAAACACCAAACAGUUUACGACAACAGCUAUCAAUAUGGGAGGCGACCAACCUGAAAUCAUCACCGCCUAUAAGGAACUUACUUCCAUCAAGGCUCAGACCCAGGAGCUGCCCGGUAAAGAUGUCGACAUGGACCCCCUUGCCGAGUUUACCAAGCUCGAAGACUGGGACGAUGACGGAAAGCCUUAUCUCCGAGAGUAUGUGGGAAGCGGCAAGCUGAAGGGCAAGAAGGCGAUCGUCACUGGUGGAGACUCUGGUAUCGGCCGAUCUGCUGCUCAGCUCUUUGCUCGAGAGGGUGCCGAUGUGACCAUUGUCUACUUGCCUGAGGAGGAAGAAGAUGCGCAAAACGCCAAGAAGGCCAUCGAGGCUGACGGCCAGCAGUGCCUUGCCCUCGCGCUCGACCUCAUGAAGGCCGACCAAGCUGAGGCUAUCGUUAAGAAGCACAUUGAAAAGUUUGGAAAGCUCGACAUCUUGGUCAACAACGCUUCCAAGCAGAUCAUGUGCACUGACAUCGCGGAGAUCGAGCUUGCCAACGUCGAGAGUACAUUCCGAAGCAACAUCCUCGGCAUGUUUGCUCUCACCAAGUCCGCCGUGCCCCACCUCAAGCGUGGUUCCGCCAUCAUUAACACUUCCUCUGUCACCGCCUUCAAGGGUUCUCCCGGUAUGAUGGACUACUCGUCUACAAAGGGUGCUAUCGUCACCUUCACCCGUUCUCUCGCUGGACAGCUGGCACCCAAGGGUAUCCGGGUGAACGCUGUCUGCCCGGGACCUGUAUUUACACCGUUGCAGCCGGCAUCGAGACCGGCGGAGAACAUGGAGGGCUGGACCGUUGGUGGGACUCCCCUGCAUGGUAGGGCCAGUAUGCCCGCCGAGAUGGGUCCUUCAUAUGGUGUGUCAAUAUCAAUGCCUGGCCAGAGCCUGUCGCUGACGGCCGUGUAGUUUUCCUUGCUUCUGCGGACGCGAACGCUAUGACGGGACACAUGUUGCACGUCAACAACGGGCAGUGGAUUGGUUAAUCACGGAGAGUUACGGUACAUAUCAGAAGCAGAAUAAGGAAACAGCACAUAGCACUGUGACUGCAUGCAAAACCCGAGUAGCAAUAAUA